UCUUUGCAGUGAAUGAGGUCAACGAGAACCCCAACAUUUUAUCCAACAUCACUUUGGGGUUCCAGAUCUAUGACAGCUACUGUGAUGCAAAGAUGACUUAUCAGAAUACGUUGAACCUCAUCUCUCAUCAUAGGAAAACCAUCCCCAACUACAAGUGUGGUGUUGAGAAGAACCUGGUAGCUGCCAUUGGGGGCCUUGACUCUGAAACUUCAAGCCACAUGGCCUCCAUCUUGGAGCUUUAUAAGAUUCUACAG